AUGUUGCUCACACUUUCUCCACCAGCCAAAUCAGAGUUCAAGUUCAAAACUCCUCAUGAUUACUCUCCGCCAUUAUCGUUGUCGACCUUACGAUCCCCUCCGACGACCGCUGGCGAUCCGCUUCGUCCGUUGCCAGGCAGCGCCUCGCGAACAAUGGGCACGCCUCAUCGAGGGUUGCCGCCGCCGGCGGCCAUGACGCUGCCAGAUCCAAGCCGCGGGCCGUCAGGAUCCCAACAACUACCUUCUUCCUUCGGUCAGAUGCCUGCUCCCCCAUCACAGUGGCAAGGUGCGGAAGAAUCCAUGCGAAACUGGCUCAUGGCGAAAGCUGAAGAGGAGAAGAGGAGGCAGGAAGAGGAAAGAACUCGACAGGAAAGCCUAAAGUUGGAGCAACGAAAGAUUGAGCAGACAAUGCUGAGAGACUCUAUGUCGGGCGGUGUCCCUCCCCACCUCGUGCCGAUGAUAUUCGCCGGCAUUGGCGGAGGGAAUCUCGCAAACAUCAGCAUAGACUGGUUGCAACAGUAUGCAGCGCAGUUGCAAGCAGCUCAGCAGCAGCAAGUCAUUGUACAAGCGCAGAGUUCACCAGAUUCACGCAGGGACCAGAGGAUGAUCGGCCAGCCUCAGCCAAGCGUGUACAGCAUAGGGCCGCAAGUGUCGCAACAGGUUGCGGCAGCACCUGUUGUACUCCAGGUGCAGCCCCUAGCACCACCUCCGCAACAUGCAGGAGCAUUCUCAGCUUCCUCAUACUCUGUCGGUACUAUGUCGCCAACUAGCAGGGCGAGAGCCUUGCAGCCUCCCGGUCAGGUUGGUGCACCAACGUCCGCCCCAAGGCCGCCGCCACCGCACUCUCAACUCCCACGGUUGACGACAAACGAUAUGCAUAUACAGCAGCCGCCCUCGGCACCAGCAGUGCACUCGUUACAGCACAGUCAGUCCGCGCAUCAGCAAGAGCAUACUGCCUCAUCGCCGUCGAUCUACUUCCAUCACUGGGUGCCUCCGUCAUCUCAAGCAGGAUCAAGCAGCAAUCCCCCAGCCACCCCGUCAGUCAAGGCGAAGAUCACACACUCGUCGCAUCUGUCAGGGUCCCAUGAGUUCGAUUCGGAUUACACCAGCUCACCGAAGAAGCGAAAAGCGCAAGGCGCCCACCAACCCGCUCCACAGCCUACUACCCAAUACACCUCGCCAUCGUUUUCUCAAGUGUCAUCAUCGACUUCUACUCCUGGCCGUCGUGGCCAUGCUCGAACACGCAGCGACGCUUCCACACGAGGCUACGACCCUGGAGCACGACCACGAAGCUAUCACGAACCGGCAUCUGGCCGUGCAGAGAGUGUAGGGCGAUCCGAAAGGUCCAGUGCUGAGCAACAUUACCAGCAACAGCAACAGCAACGAAUCGAUGAGGAACGGGGUGGUGGAGAUGAACGUGGCUCAGGAAGUGCCCGCAAUCCAGACCCGCCAACCCAACGUGAAACACGCUAUUCGCACUUUUCGCACUUCUCAGCUGGUCCUGAUCGAAAUCCUGCGCCAGGCUCCCCUAAACGGGAGCCGCGAUAA